AUCAUAGGUGUUUAUAUAUAUAAGUUGAUAUAUGUAAUGUGUGAAGUUAAAUUAUGUUACAAUCAGCCAGUUGCCAAUCCUCAAACGUAAAACAAUUUAAUGUAAAUAAUUAUCAGACUUUGUCGUACGAGUGACAUUACUAACGUUAGUUACUUCUGCUCCAUUCACUGGGACUUAGUCUUCUCUGCCUGUGUGUGUCUCUACUUCAGCGGUUGCUGGUUUGAACUCGCUAACGUGUGCGCUAACGUACGUGCUAACGCACUCUAGCUAACGAACAUACUACGCUAACUAACGUUACUUGACUGUGCAUCUCGGACCAGCCGAGGAGCACGGGGAUAGUAUUCCACUAGCUAGCUAGCUUGUUCAACUGAGAAAAGGGCGGCUAACGAACCUACGCUAGCUAACAUAAGUUAACGGUGCAUGCUUGAAACCGCUUUUCAGUCAAACAAUCUAGCUAGCUAGUUAAAAAAACGGCCUCCCGUGCUUCUCGGCUGGUCCAGGAGCAGCGCCAGGUGUUUCUGCAUCAAGCUUGUCGUGACUCGCAGUUCUGUGGCAUUUCUAUUAAUUUUUUGCAAGUCAUUCUGUUCAUUCAUUUUUGUGUAAAGCUGGAACUUUCCAUCUAUAAACGUUGUAUAAAACUAAUUGAAAACAUGUCAUUUUAAGGCAGUGUUAGCUGUAGUCAUUGAUCAUGUUUUGGUUGCUGGUUCCAAAAUGAUCUGGAAGUGUAAGUUGUGCGCAGCUUCUUUCACCUCCAGAAUACAGUUAUUUAGACACUAUAGGCUGCAACAAGAUGAGACGGCUGGAUGUCAGGAGGUCACUGUUAAUGCUGGAAAAAGAAGUAGAAGUAAUCCUGAAAAUGAAUCUUCACAUUCCAACAUUAAAAGACCCAAGCGAGCCGAAGUCAACUUCCUACCCAACUUUCCCCAAGGAAAGGAUCCUUCAAUCCUUGAGCAGUUGAGGCAGACAAUUGUUGAAGAAGUCACGAAGACUGAGAAGAGCCUGCCCCUGAUUAGAAAGAUGAUGGAGACCACAUUUCCCCUACGCCGACAGACUAUAGUGAUGUCCUGCCCACCAGUGAAGGAGCUCAUGAAGCUCUGGCCUGCUCUCAAAAUAGAGAAUGAGUUGUAUGCAGAGUUCCAGCGGAUUACGAAUCAGAACCUCUCCAACACAUUCUAUGCUGAGCUUGACCGCCAUCUUCCUCGACUGAUGACCUUAUUCAGACAGAAGGCAUCAAAAACUGGGAAGACAGCAGAGGCUCUAUUUGAAAUUUUAAAAAUCCACAAUGAACAGGAAAUCCAUGACAUCCACACCAAGCGCACUACUGUUCUCCACGCCCUUCCUGUGUAUCUGUGCGAGGAUGCUUCUGGAUUUUUCAGAACCUGCACAGACUAGUCUGAUGAGCCAGAGCUUGACGGUGUUGCAGUGGGCCUCCUUACUGUCAUCAGUGACCAUGACACAAGUCCAGUUCACUACAACCCUGUGAGAAUCUCUGUCAUCAUUGAAAGUGAUGCCAUGGUCAGCCUCCCCCGACUUGGCGAUGCCUUCCUGGUAAUCUUUGGACUGAUCUAUGCACUACACCUCAGCUACCCCAAAGCACUGACCAACACUUUUGAAUUCACUGAAAAGAUUCUACUUGGUCUAGAAAGUGGUAAACUGUCACCCAAGUUGCAGACCCUCAAGAAUGACUUGAUGCAGAAACUCAUCUGAAAGAAGGCUGCAGGGAAAGCUUUAUAAAAGGCUAGUUCAAAGUUUAAGGGGAAAUGUUCUAUAGAGUUUUUGUAAUUUCAUCCAAAUUGCUGCCCUGUUGCCUUAUGCAUGCAUUUUGCAUGUAAUCUUGUCGCGCAAAUAAUUUGCGUCAUGUUUGGUGUGACCACGGCAUUACUCAGGAAUUAGCCAAAAGCACAGUUUUCUUUUUUAGCUGUAACGAAAAAUAAUUUCAUUGGUAUUUAUUUGUUCUGAUUACUUUGAUUACAAUUUAUUUGAGCUCUUUAUAUUGAACAGACCAGUGCAUAUGUCUCUGUUGAUUUUAUAAAUGUUGAUUUAUUUUUCUAUUUCAUUUUAAUACCGCUGUGUGCUAAAAGGGAGUGGGUAAGAAAAUACGGUUCAAUAGCAAGUGUUCAUGAGUUUGUGGAACUCAAUGUAUUUGAGGCAAUCGAUUGCCUCAAAAAUAUUAAGUUUCGAGUGACAGGUUUUUAAGUAAACACAUGCAACAUUUUUGACUAAUGUGUACUUAAAACAAUGACAACACAAACUAAUAAAAAUUGAGUUUGGUUAACAUGAAA